GAAUUUGACUCUUCACGUGCUGAUACAGGGUUUCACUGAGAACAAAGCAUAUUAAAAACAAGAAAAGAUAGUGGGUCUAUAAAAAUGCCUCACCUCUCCCUUAAUUCUCAAAGUAAAAGUGUUGUCUCUCCAAAAGAGAAGGACCAAGGGAGCAUUAAAAGGAUCAGAGACUGGAGAGCAGAGAUGAAGUUUCCUAUUCCUGAAUUUAUUAAGCAAGAUGAUGAAGAUCUUAAAAUGACGAAUUGGACAAAGAUAUCUCAUUUUAUCCUUUUUGAGAAAUAACUUUGAGAAAGCACUGGACAACUUGAGAAUGAAGAGAGGCCUCAAGCCUCUAAAAAGAGAUUCUAAGAAUCUCAAGAAAGUACUUAAGCCCAAUAAGAAGUUUGAUACCUUUAUGGAUAUUAAGAAAAAUACAGCUGAGCUUCUGAAAGACAAAAAAUUACCUGAAAACUUUAUUGAAAAUAUUUUAAAUAUCCUGAAGACAUCCAUCUUCAACUUAGUUGUGAAGGGGUUGAAAUAGUAUGGGUCAAAAGGUUGUACUAAGGAACAGAAGUAGGAAGAGAACAAAAUAAGCUCAAUUUGAUAUCAAAGUACAGCAAAAUGCAGGUAAUUA